GGCUGACAAGUCCCGGGCUCAUUUCCCUUGCUCCAGCGCCAGUGUCCCCAAGAGCGGGGAAGGGGCAAAUGGUGGUUCUCGCUGCCCGUCUCCUCCUCCCCCAAUGAUGGCGCUGCUCUGGCUGGGGCUGGCGGGCUGUUUCUUGGCGGCGCUGCUGGCACUGCGUUUCCCGCCACUGAAGCUUCCUCUUUCUCCUCCCGGUUCCGGUUCCGCCUCGCUCAGCCCGGCGGCGCUGCUUUUCCAGGACCUGCUCCGUUAUGGGAAGACCAAGGGCGGCUGCGGGCAGCGUCCCGCCCGGCUGCAGCACCUCGAUCUCCCCAAGAGAUGGUUCUAUCACUUCUAUAUAGUAUCCGUAAUUUGGAACGGUUUCCUGCUCCUGGUGCUUCUCCAAAGCUUGCUGGUGUCAUGGCCUUUCCCCAUCUGGCUCCAGGACUUGCUAAGUAUUCUGGAUGGCGCAUUGCAGAACCCGGAUGGAGCCAUGCAUGCUUCUGCGAAUGGAGGAGAGUCCCUGUCUGCUCUCCUGGUGUGCCUUUUUGUCUGUUUAAGCAGCUGUCGGCGAUUAUUUGAGUGUCUUCACAUCAGCGUAUUCUCUGGAGGUGUCAUUCAUAUUGUACAGUACUGCUUUGGACUCUGCUACUAUGUCCUGUUGGGCUUGACAGUUUUAUGCCAAGUCCCAGCCAACGUCAGGGAAGGGAAAGAUCCUCAUCUGGCAGUCCAUUGGUGUCAUGCCCUUGGAUCGUUGAUGUUUAUUUGGGCCUCUAUUCAUCAACAUAGAUGCCAUGUGAUUCUAGCUAAUCUGAGAAAAAAUAAGUCAGGAAAAGUUGUGAACUUGAACCAUGACAUUCCAUUUGGCGACUGGUUUGAAAUGGUGUCCUGUCCUCAUUACUUUGCUGAGCUCUUGAUAUACGUAUCAAUGGCUAUCACAUUUGGAUGUAAAAAUUUAACUUGGUGGCUGGUAGUGAUGUAUGUGUUUUUUAAUCAGGCAGUGAGUGCUAUUUUGUGCCACGAAUACUACCAGAACAACUUUAAGCACUACCCCAUGUAUCGGAAAGCAUACAUACCUUUCCUUUUAUAGCCAGCUCAUUUGAGAUUUGAAACCCUCAUCCAAAAGGGAAUGGAAAUCUGAAGUAUUUGGUGUGCAAUGGAUGGCUUUGGAUGAAAUCAGAUUGUCACAGGUGGAUCUGAAAUGCUUAGAUAAUUGAAUGUAAAUAGGCAGUGCUCUGAUGCAUAUGAAAAUAGCAAAUACUCAUGGUGUUAAGGAGAAGCACGCCAUAUUCAUAAGGCAUGUUUCUGCAGAAGUAGAUCCCACUGAGCUGAGUGGAUUAUUCCCACAAAAGUGUUAAUGGGACUAAACCUGUGAAAAUGGGUUUACAGUUUUUGUAUGAUAUACGAGUACAAAAAGAUUACAUGGUGUGCAAAAUAUUACUAAUUUGCACUGUACAUUUUCUAUCUAUGAAUAUUUCAUAUGGUCAAAUGGUGCUGUUUUUAUGAAACUAUUUUCCAUCUAUUGUAUAGAGAAUAUGAAUGUAAUAUUUACACAUUUUUAAUAAAAGACAUCUUUAAUAACUAUUUCCUGCUUCUUGGCAGGGGGUUGGACUGGAUGGCCCAUGAGGUCUCUUCCAACUCUAUGAUUCUGUGAUUCUAAAAGCUUUAACCAGCUAUUUAUUAGGGAUGAGUAAAGUAUAAAGUGUACAGAUUAUUUUGUUUGCAGCAGAAACAAGCUAGAUUCUUUACAAAGCAGUUUUAAAGUAGAAAACUGCAAAAGCCUGGGGAGUCUAUUCACAUAGUUAGAAAAACAAAUUGCUGGAUUAAAAAAGCUGAAUGUUGUAA